AUGAAUAAUUAAACAACACAUCCUCCUUAAUAUCGCUUUAGCGUUACAGAAAUAUAAAAGAAGGAUGGUGAUUAAGUAGAUCCAAAUGAUGUGAUUUCUAAGAAAUUGUAAGAACAAGUCAUUUUAAUGAAAAAAAGAUAGGAAGAAUUGUUAAAAGAACUUGAAGAAAUUGACAAAAAUCCGUUAUCUAUAAUUGUUUAAAAUGAGAAUCAAAAACCAAAUGAAUAGCAAAAUCAAUAAUAAGAAAAAUAAGUAGUUGCUCCAAAAAAUGUAAAGGGAUCGAAAUUUAAUAAAAAUAUGAAUAAUAGGAAUGCUAGAGAGUAGUAAAUUUUAGACGAAUAGAAGGCUAAAGAAGUUGUUAAGCCAGAAAAAAAGGAAGAUUUUUCAUAAAAAGUAAAUCAGAUGAAUGUGAAAUUAUUUGAGAUGCAGUAAAGAGUUAAGUAAAAAGAAGUUGAAAGAAUUAAAAAAGACUAAGAAGAAAAGCUUUUCCGUUUAAAGAAGGAUAAGGAAAUAAUUAAAAAACAGACUGAAAAAGCCAAAACAGAAUUGAAUAUGAAAAAUAAUAAACUCAAAGAAUAAAUUGAGAAAGCUAAAGUUGUAAAAGAUUCUUUGCAGUAAAAGCAUAAAGAAGUUUAAGAGUCAAAGCAAAUUAAGGAGAUAAAUAUCAGGAAAUUAGAAUCUAGAGCGAUAUAAUUAGAUUAUGAUUUGGAAUCUCAAAUAGGUGAUGUGGCAAGAACUGAUGGCAUUCUUAGUUCUUUAAAACUUUAAAUUAGAGAAAGAGAUAACGAAAUUAAGAAUUUAAAUGAAAAUAUUAGAGUUGAAAAUCUUGAAUACUAAAAGUUGCAUAAUGAUCUUGGUGAAAUAAAAAAGCAAAUAACAAAGUUAGAAUUUGAUUAGAAUAAAAUUAGAGAUGAAAGAGAGAGAUUAAUAAAGGAAAUUGAAAAGAAAAAUGACUAGAAUAAUAAAAAAUACACCUCACUCUAUGAAGAUUUUUUAAAAUUAGAAUCUAAAAAAUCAGAAAAGCAAGUUUAAAUUAGUUCUUUAAAGAGAGAUCUAGAGAAAAAGAAAGAAAAAAUUUUAGAUUUAAAGUCGGACAAUAAAAUAAUUGAAAACAAGGUCGAAAACAAUGACAAGCUCAGAAGAAAGUUAGAAAAAAAAGAAAAAAAGAUAUUCGAAUUGGAAGCUGAAAUAGAGUCACAAAAAAAAUAAAAGAGAGUUGAAAUUGUGGAAAAAGUAAUUGAAAGACCUCUUGUAAUAGAAAAGCCUGUUAUUGUUGAAAAACCAGUUUUGAUAAAAGAAGAAAUUAGAAUUAAUGAACCUAUUUAGCUAGAAAUAGUUAGAGUUAAAGGAGAAAUAAAUAACCUGAGCAGAGCAAAUAACGAAAUGGUAAAUGAGAUAGAUUAUUGGAGAAAGAAAUGUAUUGAUCAAGAAGAUACUUAAAAAAUAAGAUAAGAUUAAAUAAAAAUGAAUCAUGAAAAUGAAAAAUUAAUCAUAUUAGAAAAAAUUAAAGGUAAUCAAGCUAAUGCUCGUUCAAUAUCUGAUAAAAUAAAUGCUAUUUAUACUGAAAUUGAAGCAUUAAUAAAAACUAACCAAUCUAAAAAUGCACAGUUAGGACAGUGUUUGAGUGAUAUUUACAAUAAAAAUAAAAACUUAGAAAGUGUAGUUAUGACCUCCACUUUCCCAGUUAAGCUGAAUACUACUUAUUGA